UGUGCAAGCAGAAGCAGAGCAUCCGAAGUUCCGAACUUGCGAGCUGUAGGCAGAUUGGUCCGCGGGACGGCGGUGGAGGAGGCGUCGCCGGCGGCGAGCUCGGCUGACAGCCUGACACUACCGCGCGUGGGACCGGUCCGUCGUCCUCCGCCGGCGCGAGCAAUGUCGGCGGCGCCGCAGGACGCGUGGCCGGAGGAGGCAGCGCGGUGGCACUGGACUGGCGCCGUGCCGCUCCAGGUCCACCUCCACGACGCCGACGUCACCGCGCUCCCGCCGCCCCCGCCCUUCAUGCUUUUCGGGCCAAGAAUUGGGUAUUUCCCACUCUUGGUGUCGACUAUAAAGGCUCAUUUCAGCAGCUCACUCCCACCAGGGGUUGAUACUGUUUGGUUUGAGUAUAAGGGGCUGCUGCUGAAAUGGUAUAUACCCAUUGGUGUUCUUUUCGACCUUCUUUGUGCUGAGCCAGAAAGGCCAUGGAAUCUAACAGUUCAUUUUAGGGGGUAUCCUGCAGAUAUAUUAUCACCAUGUGAAGGUGAAGAUAGUGUAAAGUGGAAUUACAACAAUUCCCUGAAAGAGGCUGCCUUCAUCAUAACUGGAAACAGUAAGAAUGUGAUGAAUAUGUCCCAGGCUGAUCAACUUGCUAUGUGGGAAUCAGUGAGGAAAAGAGACACGGAUAGUUAUAUGAAUAUCUCUACCAAGCUUAAGCUUGGACCUUUUGAAGAUCACUUCUGGACUUCCUCGUUAGAGCCUCGACAAGGUUCUGAUGAGCCUGAAUCUCCUGGAUCUGUCAAACCAUGCAGGGUACCUGUUCGAUUAUACGUGCGCAGAGUUCAAGAAGACCUUGAGUAUUUCGAAGAUGCGAUUCCUGUCAGUGAUUGGGAAAGUGUAUCCUAUAUAAAUCGGCCAUUCGAGAUCCGAAAGGAGGGAGGUAGAAGGAUAACUACCCUGGAACAUGCCUUGGAGACGUUGCUACCAGAGUUCUUUGGCUCGAAGCCCACAGCUAGAGCUGCUGAUCCUGAACCUGCGUCCACGACGCCAGACUCUGCACCCGACGAUUCAGAUACCACUCAAGGGACUCCUCGCGACAGAGAAGCAGCUUUGGCGAGUCCGCAGGAGAUGGAUGUGGCCAAGAAGGCCAGAGUGAAGCUGGUGAGGAUACAAGGCAUGGAGCUCGGCCUGGAUACGCCGUUCCUCUGGGUGGCCAACAACCUGAGGAACCCCGAAUGCUUCCUCCAUGUCUGUGUAUACAUUGGCGCAUGAAUGUAACGGCGACAGAAGCACAGUAGAUGAAAGGUUAGAUAGCAUAGGAGACCAGG